AUGAUUCCCAUUCAGUCGCGCAUACGCGAUAUGGCUUUGGCCAAAGCUACUGUUGUGGCUCCUGUCGCCAGCACCGACCCUGCAGAGGUCACUUUCAGUUGGAGUGGUAGCUCAUUUGAGUGCUCGCCACUAUCCAACCCUUCAGCUCCUCCACCAACUCCUACCGACUCACUCUACGAUAUCAGUCCUCGCAAGUCUUCAUUCUCAAGCGAAUAUGGUAUGGGCGCAGCAUGUGCCUUCCCAUCAUGGCCCAACCGAGCUUCAUUAUCUAGCGGCGACUCUUGCGACUCCUUUGUCAACAAUGCAUACCUAUCUGACGAAGACCUUCUAUGGAUUCCUGAGAACCCCAUCCCCGAAGAGGAACCCACUCCCGAAGAGACUGUUGAGGUCUCAUCUAUGACCAUGGAACAACAGCUGCAACGCAUUCGAGCAAUCGCCGAACAAGAGGAUCGCGCGCGUUUUCUGGCCAAGGUCCAGGCUCAUGCUCUAGCUACCCAUGCCUUGAGACAACCAAAGGUUGUUGUUCCUGUCGAGCGCGUCACAGUCACACCCAAGAGCAGCAGGAAGCGUCGCGUCGUUCCUACCAAACGACGAACUCACUCAGCUCCCAAGGUCGCAGUCGCCUAA